CUCAUCACCUACGACUACUUCCUCACUCUUGAUCGCGAGAUUCAGUACAUCUGGAGGAGGAAGUUCACGAGUGCAAGUGCGAUCUACAUCGUCACACGUUACUCCUCGUUGGCCUCCAACAUCGUCAUCUCCCUCAAUCUCUUCCCUCGGCCCGGCGAAUUAUCUGCAGUGAGCGUCUUCCUGAGCCCCAGCAGAUACUAG